CUCGUGCCGUCUCCACUCAGCAGUGCCGGCGCUGCGCUGUCAGCUUCAGGCACCCGGUCCUGGACGUGGCGUACCCCCGCUGGGAGUGCGGGCUGCAGCCUGGGAGUCGCUGAAGAGGGAAGAAUGCGAGACGUAAGAGCGCAGGUGACGAGCAGCCUGCUGGAGUUCCCAGAGGGGACUCUUCAGGCCCUUGGGAAAGAUGAGGUCACCCAAGGUGCUGUGCUGCGCGGGAAGCUUACUGGAGGUGACCUAGCAUGGCUGGCACGUGGUCCUCACCUCGAGAUAGUGAGCUCAGUGACAGGCCAGAGAUUCUCUGAAAACCGUUUCAGAGGAGGGCACGAACAGCCUCCCACUAUUCGAGUGGUGAAGGAGUUUUCAUGGGAGAAAAGAGCUGGACUGAUGAUUGCGUUGGAAGAAGGAGAGGGAAGUGUUCUCUGCCUGUACGACCUGGAAACAGCAGAAGUGGUUAAAGCAGUUUUUCUUCCCGCAAGGGUGAUUGCUGUGGAACCCAUUAUUAAUCACGGAGGACCCGGUGAGAGCAUUCAACACCUACAUCAGAGCCUGCAAUGCCUCUUUGGCAUUGCCGCGGUGGCUACAGAAGUCGGUCAUCUGUUUCUGGUUGACCUUUGUCUGGACAGUAUGUCUUGCAGCCUGAGUGAAGUAGAAGUAUUGGAUCUCCGAUUUGUCACUACUACAUUUGCUGAUGAAGUUCCACCAAGAAGAGAAACUGCCACCAGAGAAGGGAGACAUCUCUGCUUUCGAUUGCCAAACCCGUCAGGAACACCAAUAUCGACGCUGGCCUACAUCAGCAGAAGCAAUCAGCUGGUUGUGGGGUUUUCACAUGGCGGCCUCUCACUGUGGAAUAUGAAAACGUUGAAGAGGGAACAACAUUGUCGACUUGGAGGAAGGAGGAUUCCUAUCUAUGCUGUUACUUUUCAAGAGCCGGAGAAUGAUCCUAGCAAUUGUUGCUACUUGUGGGCUGUUAAGUCUACCCAAGAAAGCAAAGGCGAUAGUUUGAGUCUACACCUGUUGCAGCUAACAUUUGGUGAUCGAAAACGUUUGGCAUCCGGACAAGUCAUGUAUGAGGGUUUGAAACACUGUACAGAAAGGUUCAGUUUAGAUCUGGCGAGUGGAAAUCUUCCCUGGGGAAGGCAAAAUAGCAAUAUUGAAUUACUUAGCUGUCAGACCAUCGAAGACUUCUAUGACGAUGUUGACAAAGAGGAUAACGGUAAUGAAGUAACAUCUCCUUACACCAGCAUCACAAUCUUUUGUUGGCAAGUGAACACACACGGUCAGGAAAAAACAGCUGCUUAUUUGGGCGUGUUUGACAUCAAUCGCUGGUACGAUGCUGAAAUGCCGGAUUCAAUAAGGCCAGAAAAAUUCCUUCUUGAUUGCCCUUAUUUUGCCUUGUGGACACUGGAGAAGGUAACAAGCACGGUUUCUCCAGAACCCAUUUUGGAUGUUCUGGUCCACGAGAGGAGUCUAACCUGGGGAGCGCCUCCUUCUUACCUACCACCCGACCAGAUUCUAAAUGCGAGCGGCUAUAAUUUUGAUGGAGUGUGCUUGCUGAGCUCUGGAGUCGUCCACGUGACUUGCACCGGUCUCCAGGAGGAGGAGGAGCAGUUAGAGGCAAUAUUGUCUGCGGCUGUCCAGACAGGAUCUUUACAACUCCUGACUGGAUGCAUUAAACAUUGGACAUCUGAAAAGCAGCCGAAUUCUGCAGCAAAUUUACAGUUUAUCCGUGACUGUGCUUGGAAGAAAGUGGUCUACACCAAAGAUGAAUUUGACCACAUAUGUGUUCCACUGUUUGAUGGCUCAUGCCGCUUCCUUGAUCCACAAAAGCUACAGUCUCUUCAGCACUGCCAGUAUCUCUUGAACAACCUUAGCAGAGUCUUAAGCUGUUUUCAAAGAGAACCACAAGAACUUACUGAUAAAGACGUGAGAAAUCAACAGGUGCUGGCUAACAACUUUUCUAUGUAUGCGCAAAUGGUCCUCUGGUUCUGUCAAUCUGGUCUCCUUCCAGAGAGUUCAGACGGGACGAUGCAUUUGUCUACCCCUUCCUACCAGUAUCCUCUGCUCCAGACCCACUAUACCGGUGAGCGACAGCGACUGCAGCAUUUGUCAAGAGGAAAAUGCAAUUCUGACUGCCUCAUGAUCGAUGGCAUAGUUUCCUACGUAGGAGACCAACUUGAGAAAUUGUGGAAGAAAGAGAAAGGAGGGACUGGGAAAUAUCCCCCUUCCAGUUUACAUGCACUGCUGGAUCUUUAUUUAUUGGAAAGCAUAGAAGAACCCUACAAACAUGCGAUUACCAUUUACUUGCUGCUGGAUGUCUUUCAACACUGUCCAAAUCAAAUAGAAAAUAUAGUCGAGUCCUUCGCCACCACCGUCUCUCUCCCUCAGGGCCUUGUAACACUGAUAAAAGGAUUUUGGCAUCUCGAUCACCGUGAUUAUGAAAAAUCACUGGCCCACCUCUGCCAUCAAGAAACAACGCAAGUGGCACCGUGGCUCCAGCUGCGAAUUAUUCGAUCACUCGCUUGCCAAGGACAGCAUAGGCAAGCCCUCCAAUACCUACGGUGUGUGAAGCCAUCGCUGUCAACAUGUAGAAAAGUGCGGCUUUACCUCGGUGUGUUGUUGUCUAAUAGGUGCAUGGUGGAGGCUUGGGCUCUUUUGCAGCAACAUGUCACAGACUUAAACAGAGCAGAGCUCUUGGAACAUAUGUACAAAAGCUGCCAUGAGAUGGGACUGGUGGAAGAAUUACUGCAGCUUCCUUUCACCAGCACUGAACUAGAGUGCUUGAAGUCCUUUUUAAGGACCAGGACUGGUAUUCCAACCAACAAAGUUCUUCCAGUCCGCAAAGGAAAGAGUGCCCACUAUUGGCCGGAAGUCCUGCAGGAUCAAGCAAUGAAGGUUAACCUCAAGAAUGACGGUGAUCCUCAGACUAGAGAGGGAAGAGCUCCACAAAAUUCUGCAUUAGACCGCUGUGGCAAACUCCGACCUCAUAUCCAAAGAAAGCUGUCGGUGGCAAAAUCCAAGCCGUAUGAAUUCCUUACAUCUUCCUUUAAACAAGUCUCAACACCAAAGCUAACACCAACCAGAGUAAAAGUAGCCAAAGUAAUUCCACGUAGCAGAGCAACUGUUAUAUAUGAUAUAUUGUCUGCAUUGGAGAGACACGUAUAGGAAGGAAAAAGAAAACUGGUUUAUCCCAGUAUGAUAGAGCUACAGAACCACCAGCCAAGAGACGUCCUCCCCGAAUGUGGAGUUCUGUAAUACGUUUCGUAUCACACCAGCUACAAAAUGUUCGUGACGAGGUCUGACAUGGAGUAGAGUUUUAGAAUUAAUAAAAAUGUUGUUCCUCCUACGUGUGCGUGCCU